ACUGACUGCAGAUCAAUGAAUUCGGCGAAAUUCUGGAGUUGGGCUGCUGGAGUUGGGACGGAUUUCUUGGAUGCAUCGAUAACUCACCUCGGCGCAGUUUAUAUUUCCGCAAUACCUACAAAUUACCGCAACGGAAGGGGAUUUACCGGGGGGGACAGAGCCCGUAGCUUUUAAGUCUUAUGCGCUCAAGAGUCCAAUUUGAAAUUUAAUCGAGCGAGCGCCUGGAUACAAAUAGGUUCGUAAAGGUAACCUUACACUUCUUGUGACGGGAACCUGAAUUUAAAAUGAUUUUUGCGAGCACUGUAAACCCUGUGAGGACGACGUACCGCAAGCAGGUGCCUGCGGGCCCCUCCUCGCACCCCAUGGCCCCACCCAGCCCCAGCACCAACAGCAGCGCCAACAACAGCAGCAGCAGCAGCAGCACAGCAGGCUGGGAGCAGCUCAGCAAGACCAACCUGUACAUCCGGGGUCUUCCGCCGGGGACUACUGACCACGAUCUGGUAAAGCUCUGCCAGCCGUAUGGCAAAAUAGUGUCAACAAAGGCCAUCCUGGAUAAGACAACGAACAAAUGCAAAGGUUAUGGCUUUGUAGACUUUGACAGCCCAGCCGCCGCCCAAAAAGCAGUCACAGGCCUGAAGACCACCGGGGUCCAAGCCCAGAUGGCGAAGCAACAGGAACAAGACCCGACAAAUCUGUACAUCUCCAACCUGCCCCUGUCGAUGGAUGAGCAGGAGCUGGAGAACAUGUUGAAGCCCUUUGGUCAGGUGAUCUCAACCAGGAUCCUGAGGGAUUCAAACGGCGCCAGCAGGGGUGUGGGCUUUGCCAGGAUGGAGUCAACAGAGAAGUGUGAUGCCGUGAUAUCCCACUUCAACGGCAAGUUCAUUAAGCUGCCUUCCGGAGUUCUGGCUCCCACGGAACCCCUGCUGUGUAAGUUUGCCGAUGGCGGUCAGAAGAAGAGGCAGAGCCAGGGCAAGUACACGGGGCAGAACGGCCGCGCGUGGUCCCGGGACCCCGAGGUGAGGCUUGCAGGGAUGAUCACAUAUGACCCCACCACGGCUGCCAUGCAGAAUGGGUACUACGCGUCUCCGUACAGCAUAGCGAACAGGAUGAUCGCGCAGACACCCAUGUCGCCCUACAUCUCGCCUGUAUCCGCCUACCAGGUACAGAAUCCCUCCUGGGUGUCACACCAGCCCUACCUCGUACAACACCCGGGAGCAGUUAUAUCACCCUCUAUGGACCAUACCAUGUCACUGCAGCCGACACCCAUCAUGAGCCCUCUAACGCAGCAAAUGAGUCACCUCUCUCUGGGCAGUGCCGGAACGUUCAUGCCUGCCAGCACGGCUUUGCAGGGGGCCUAUAUUCCCCAGUACACCCACAUGCAGACCACAGCUGUCCAACUGGAGGAAAGCAGUGGGCAGCCACAGGAGUCCUCUAGUGACCAUUCUUCUUACACUUACCCACAAGCCAAGUGACCAGAAGGUGCAUGAUGGGGGUCGAGAGGACGGACUCGCGUUACAGCUGAAACAAUCAUAUCUUCUUGUGAUGGAUCAUGCUUUUGUGGAUUAGUCCACUUUUUGCACAGGCUCUUCGAGGAUUCCCUGUUGUUACUAAUAAAAUCAACUGAAAAUAUUUUGGUAUAAGUUUCAUAAGGUGCAAAAAAACUUAAUUUUGCCAGAGAUGCUACACAAUAAAAAUGUUUUAUUUUAGUAAUGAAAGAACGUUUAUUUUUUACCAAGGAUUGCCACACAGACAAAUAAGCUGCGAUAACGUUAGACCGUGUGGCAGUUAAGGUCCAUGACAGUAAAUAUGAUGUGUUUUUGUUAAUAUUUUUAUGAUUUUUUAUGCAUUUUUUGCUUUUCCUUUUUUACUGAAAUACUUCAUCAGCCAGACAUGUUGAAAAUGACCUUUUGUGCUUGCUGUGUGAGUGUUGCUAUGGUGAAGUGUAGUACGUCUUGUAAAAUAUUUUUUUCAGAUUGAUUUUUUUUUUUUUUUACCUGUCCUAUCAUACAACUUGCCUUAAAUUCUUUCAUACAUUAGCUGUGACGGCAACUUCGUAGAUUUAUGAGUAAGAAAUGUUGAAAACAAUUGCCUUGUGAAUCAGCUAGAUAGGGCUUUUUUUAGGAUAUAGCUAAUUAAAUUGCGCUCUACGUAGGUGUCGAUCUUUUCCCCUUUUAUCUUUUGCUGAAUACUAAUCAAAGUAGGAUUUUUAGGAAAGAAAAAUUUUAAUGUUUGAGUGCAAAGCCUUUUGGAUUCUAAUCAGUUUUAAUGAGAUGAAAUGUUUGCAUUUUCGGAAGGAUUAAUGGACCUUCUGAGUGUUUUGAAUGUGGUAAAAUCUUUGUUGAAUGAUAAAGUGUUAAAUAUUGCCUUUAUUUUUUACUCAGUGUACUUUUUUUUGCCUAAAGACAAUUACUCGGCAGGUGAGCCAUUUUGGUUUUGAGCUGAGUGUGUUAGCAAUGUCAGGUUUCCUUCCCGUUCUUUUAAGUAUAAAAUCUAUUAUUGUGCAAAAACUACCAAACAGAGCGGCCUUCACUGGCAUCUACACAGCAUAAUAGUAGACGUAUUAAAAACGUAAAAGACCAGCUAGCUCUUUGUGCAGUACACAGCUCGGCACUUUCAGAACGCGUUUCCUUCACCAAAGAACCGUGACCUGGUAAAUGAGUGAAACAGCCUAACACUCUUAUAGCACAAGCAAUUAACGUAGUUUGAAUUUCCACCUAAUUGGUUCGCAGUUUGGAUGACGUGCCUUUCUUGUGCAUUUUCGUCUCACUGUUGCGUUUUUUUUUUCUUUUGGACACGUGGGUGUGAAGGACGAGCCGAGAUCCGCACUUGCACACUUCAUCACUACAGAGAGGCCCUUUGAAACUAUGACAUGAUUCACCACAAACGGCGGACUUUUUACACCGGCCACGGAUUCGUGUGACAGGGGAGGCUUUCUUAUUUUGUUCAGAAUAGAUUUUUUUUUUUAAGGUUUUAUAAAUUAAGUUGUCUUCCAAGCGACUGUCUUUUGUCCUGGUCAUCUGAUGGACCAGAUAUCUACCUCAGAUUUUUGUUUCUCCAAUCUACUACACCGGGUUUGCAGGUACAGCCCACCUCCGCAGAACAGAAGCCAUGCUCGGGAGCUGGCCAUAUAUGCCGUUUCUUUUAUCGUUGUUCUUUUUUCUUUUUGUUGCUUUGAAAAAAUUGCCAUGAUUAUCAUCGCUAGGUCAUUGUGUUUCCAGUGCGUUCUUAGGUUGUAUCCAGAUACCCAUAGUUCCAAGACUUUAAAAACCGCUGCUUUUAUCACUUGAGGAUCCAGUAGCUCAGGAGUCCUCUUUUUUAAAAAAAAAAAAAAAAAUGGUAUUUACUGCGUUUGGCUUCCUGAGGUACCAUUUCUCCAUAAAGUUUCUGAACAGACUUGAAAUCCCCAGUGUGGGCCCCAUAAGUUGACCCCCUACCGCAGAGGGCACAAGGCGACGGCCGUCACAACUUCCCUUCAGGCGCCCCAUACUGGUGGGAAUUCCUUGAAUGGGAAGUAAUGCAGGUGUGAACCAAUCGUUGAUACUCCUGUUUACGGCUGAGAGCUGGUGUACUCUGUGCGAGAAAGACAAUGCUCAUUCGAUUAGCCAUCUUGUAUUAGACAGCCAUUAAGUUAUAAAAUAAAAGUAAUAAUUUAUGAAGAGACACCUUUUGUACAGACUCUUAGAAGAGAUUAAAGAGUUUCAUAGAGAUAUCUAUAUGAUCAAGAGUAAUUUUUUUUUUAUUUUUGUUUUGCCACACGGCUUGCUGUGGUAGCGUCAGUGUCCGGUUAAAAUGAUCUUCCCUCUGUAUUUCCUUUGUUUUCUAGUGUUUGUUAAUGCAAAAAUGACAAUUUUGAACUGUAAAUUAAGGGUAGAUUGUUACUUAAGUUUAAUUUUCUUUUCAUUUCUCUUUGUUUUGAGAACUUUUGAAUAAAAAUUAUUCUUUGGAUCCACUA